CCCAAGAAAUCACCUUUCCAAAAAAAGGUAGUGGUUUCAAUUCCGUUUGCUAUUUCCAAAAUUCCGAGAUCUAAGCUCAAUUCCUCCGGUCUUGCAGUUAUUUAGCGCCACCAAACCAGGUCUACAUCCGUUGUUCCUCUUCAAUUUCGAAACCCCACCCACAUAUCAUUAUUUUGACUGAUUCUCGCUCGCUCUCUCUCUCUCUCUCUCAGCCGAUCCGAUUCGUUAGCUCUUACCAAUCACAACACAUAUUGGUAUUUCGAUUUUUUCAGCAAUUUCAACCAAGACCCAUAUCGGUACUGACUGUUGCUUUCUCCAAUUGGAUCUCACAUCCCUUGCGGCCGUUACUUGAAUCAUAUUCUAUCAGCUAUUCCAUCCCUAUAAUGAUGGAGAAGGCAGAUCCUUCACAGAAGCUAUAUACAAGGAUGCGGUUAUGGGAAUUUCCGGAUCAGUAUGUUAUUGAGCCCACUUGUGGCUCUACUGGCUCCUGCUUGGCAAUCAGUCGGGUGGAUGGGUCAAUGAAUCUUAUUGAUGACAUUCCACAAUCAACCUCUGUUAGAGUUCCAAAAAUUCAGACUAUCUUUGGUGUAAUUGGGAUUCUGAAGCUCUUGGCUGGGUCUUAUUUGUUAGUUAUAACGGGACGUGAACAUGUUGGUUCUUACAUGGGGCUUCCUAUCUUCAAAGUGUCAUCCUUGAAGGUCUUUCCUUGUGAUCAUUCUCUUAAGAAUACCCCUUUGGAGCAGAAAAGGAUGGAAACUGAAUUUUCUGGGCUUUUAGGUAUUGCAGAGAGGACUCCGGGACUGUAUUUUUCAUAUGAUGUCAAUAUAACACUGAGUGCCCAACGAUUGCAUAGUUUAGGUGAUGAGUCAAAGCUGCUUCCUCUUUGGAGACAGGCAGACCCUAGGUUUCUUUGGAACAACUAUAUGUUGGAAGUGCUCAUAGAAAAUAAGCUUGAUCCAUACUUGCUUCCUGUUAUGCAAGGGACUUUUCAGAACUUUCAAGCAGCCAUAGGGAAGGAAAUUAUUGACGUUACUCUGAUAGCAAGGAGAUGCACUCGGAGAACUGGCACUCGGAUGUGGAGAAGAGGAGCUGAUUCUGACGGGUAUGUCGCCAAUUUUGUGGAAAGUGAACAAAUCAUGCAGCUCAAUGGUCAUAUAGCAUCAUUUGUGCAGGUUCGAGGGUCAAUACCCAUACUCUGGGAGCAAAUUGUUGAUUUGACAUAUAAGCCUAAAUUUGAGAUCAUGAAAAAUGAGGAGGCACCUCGAGUACUUGAACGGCACUUUUUGGAUUUGAGAAAAAAGUAUGGAAAUGUCUUAGCUGUUGAUCUUGUUAACAAGCAUGGAGGCGAGGGACGCUUAAGUGAAAAGUUUGCGAGUGCGGUGCAGCAUGUUGCCAGUGACGAUGUGAGGUACUUGCACUUUGACUUUCAUCGUAUUUGCGGGCACGUCCAUUUUGAGCGUCUCUCUAUCCUGUAUGAUCAAAUAGAGGAUUUCAUCGUUAAAAAUAGGUACCUUCUUUUCAAUGAAAAAGGUGGGAAAGUUGAGGAGCAACUUGGUGUUGUAAGGACCAACUGUAUUGAUUGCUUAGACCGUACAAAUGUUACCCAGAGCAUGAUUGGUCGAAAAAUGAUGGAAUUCCAACUUAGAAGGAUUGGUGUUUUUGAUGCUGAAGAAACAAUUAGUUCACAUCCGAAUUUUGAUGAAAACUUCAAGAUUUUAUGGGCAAACCAUGGGGAUGACGUAAGCAUCCAGUAUUCUGGUACUCCUGCUUUGAAAGGAGAUUUUGUCAGAUAUGGCCGGCGUACAGUCCAAGGGAUUCUAAAUGAUGGCUAUAAUGCCCUUGCACGCUAUUACUUGAACAACUUUUGUGAUGGAACAAAACAGGAUGCAAUUGAUCUUCUGCAAGGGCACUAUAUUGUUUCUGUUAGCCGGGAAGUGACCCCUACAUCCCAAAAAGGAGGCCUGGAGGCUAUAGCUUCCUUUCCUCUGGCUUUGUUACUGGUCCUAGCUGGAUUCUUCCUCACAAUUAUGUCAUUGAGCCAAGUUCGAUAUGAUUAUCGCCACGUGUUUUUUUCAACGGUGUGGGCAAGCAUGAGUGUGGGUAUAGUUGCAUAUGUCAGAGCCAACGGCAGGGUUUUCUGCAAUCGGCCUCGUCUGCACAAACCCCGCAGUUAAUUCUGGAUUUAGGGUUUUCCUGUCAUCAAGGGACUUUUACGAUGCAUUCAAUUCUACUCCUGAUUAUCUUUAUUCUUCAAUCCUAUUUUUUUGUUUCCAUGCAACUUUUGACUUAUUUAUUGAUCAACUCUACAAGGUUUUUUGGUGACCUAAUUAGUGCUGCUGUGCUGCUUAGGGUGCUGAAACUGGAAUCCUGUAUAAGGUUGAACCCUUUUGUACAUGCCCAGUUCCACGUGCGAAUCACGUUUUAUUGUUUUAUUUUGUACUAUUGUGAUUGAAUGUCACUCUUCUACAUGUUUACAA